CAUAGGACAAGUGCGAUCAUAGAGAAAGUGCGGUCAUAGGAGGGUGUCGUGCACGAAGGCGGAGCAAGGAAUGGUCGUGAGCACCAAACCCUAAUUCUGUUUUCCUGAAGGCAAUGGAAACGGCAACCGGGAGGUCACGAGGACUCGGAGCUUGAACCGAUCGCGAUGGAGGCACUGCGCGAGGUAGAAACCAUGGACGCCACAGCCCUGCCUCCUCUUGCCUCCGCGCACGUCGUCGCCAUCGCCGCGGGCUUCCUGACCGUGGGCUAUUUCCUGGGGCGGACGCACAAAUCUGGUGUCGCAGCACCUCCUGUCACAUCCGCCGCUGCCGCUGCUGCUACGCCUGAGAAACGGAGGCGGCGUCGGGAGCCUCUGGAAGUGGACCGAUUCGCGGAGUCUCACGAGGAUUUCAAAAUGGUGCUGGUGGUGAGGAACGACUUGAAAAUGGGCAAGGGAAAGAUAGCGGCUCAAUGCAGCCAUGCUACAUUAGGAUUGUACAAGGACAUUUGUAACAGAGCCCCCAAAGCUUUACAAAGGUGGGAAAACUGCGGACAGGUGAAGGUGGUCACUAAAGUUGAGUCUGAGGAUGAUAUGCUCGCAUUGAAGGUCAAAGCUAAAGAAUCGAAGCUACCUUGUCACAUUACGAUUGACGCUGGGAGGACACAGAUUGCUCCUAAUUCGAGAACUGUGAUGGCAGUCCUUGGGCCUGCUGAACUCGUGGAUGAUGUAACUGGACACCUUAAGUUGAUGUGAUUCUUGUAUAUCAUUCCUUGGAUUGAGACUUCCAUAUAUCUACGGGCGUAAACAAGCAGACUGGAGAAACUCACACUCGAUCUUCAACUCUAUUCGAAUGGAAGAUGUUCAAUUUGAUCGAGGAUUUCCAGAUGAUGAUGUAUUCCUCACAUGAUGCUAAAGAUCUAACAGCUUCCAUUAUUACUAGGUCUAAAUGAGAGUGAAUGGGUUUGAAUUGUUUAGGGUAGACAUUUUCGUUUGGCCUUAGCCUGAGACGAUCAGGAAUAGAUUCAUUCCGCAAGAUAUGGGAUCUCAAUUCCAUGUAGAGUCUGAACCGUUGGUGCAGUGCACUCUGGUAAUAUACUAUUGGUUGAAAAAUUUGUUACGCAUCAGGACAUAAAUAUUGUUCUUCACAGAAUGCACUGCUUGAACAAUAUGCUGCUACUUGCUCCCAAUUUGAAACAUAUUUAAUUUUCAUACCAUACUUGGACUUCUA